AAAAAGACAGAAAAGGCGCGCGUGUUUCCAUAUUCCCUCGAAAAGAAAAAAAAAAACAUCCUCGCCGAUUUUUUUCUUCAGCCCAAGUCCUACAGCCAGCGGGGAAGUCAAAAAUGAGAAAGCUACCGAUUUGUCCAAAUUGUAAACUUUCUCUUCGUAGCUUCCUCUCCGGUAUCUUCCCUGUUCAUUAUCUCUCAGAUUCUGAAUGAUUCGGAGACCAGUUUUGGUGGAGAGAAAUUCGCGAUCUCUCUCUCGGUGGUGGAAAUUUGCUAGAGAAUAUUCAACUUAGGAGAGCAGGUUUUGUUCUUCUGAAUUCAUAGAAAGAAGUAAAACUCCAUCAGCUCUUCUUCAAUUGCUUUGGAUCUGUUACCGGUAUUUUACUUGCAAUUUGUUCGGUUUCUGGAAGGAUUCGCCAAAAUUACUUGCUAUCUUGUCGCUCGAAAAGCCAGACUGAUGAAUUUCAGAUACUUUGAAAAGAAAGGUGGAUAGUGAAAGGAGUUUGUUUAGCCUUGAUUUCUAGGAGUUGCUUCGGUGCUGCUGAAUUUGCUGGUAAUCUUCCAUUCUUCAAAUGAAUCCGGAUCAUAGCAAAAUUUACUACUGUUCUGUUUCAAGGGGCGAACGUAUGCUCUAUGUGUAUAGUAAUGGUGACCAGGAGAUUGAGAAUUUGGCUGAUUUAUGCUUGAAAAGUGCCCCUCCCUUUCACAAGUGGUAUUUUGAGACAUUGGGUAAAAAAGCUUAUGGGUUCUUGAUGAAAGAAGGGUAUAUUUAUUUUGCAAUUGCUGAUGAAGUUAUUGGUAAUCAGGCUCUUCUUCAGUUUCUAGAGCAGUUGAGAGAUGAAUUCAUAAAGGUAGCAAGGAAGGGUUCACGAGGGAGUUUCUCAACUGUGAACUUCAUUAGUCUGCAGGAACAGUUACUGCCUGCAAUUCGUAAAUUAAUCACCUCUCUUGAGAAUGUCUCCAAUAGCGGUAAGGAUUGGAUAGCUGAAACCCCUUCCUCGAACAAUGGCCUAUCUCCAUCUCCGAGUAAUGUGAAUGGCCAAGCUGACAUUUUGGCUUCCACGAAAGCCCCUCUGUUGGGGAAGUUAAGCAAACCAGAGAAGAAAAAGGGAAAGGACCAUGUGAUUACAAUGAGAGGUAUUGAGAUGGAGGAGCAAAGAAAGUCUACAGAUAGAGGUUUGAAGGUUGAUUCGGUUUCGUUGGAAUCUGGUAAUCAGGGUGGAUCGGGGUCUUCAAUUCCAGUGGAGAAAGACAUCAAUCCAUUGAGGAGAUCAAGCUCAAGCAUCCGGAGAAGGUGGUGGCGUCAUGUGAGGAUUGCACUUGCUGUUGAUGCUGCUGUGUGUCUGAUAUUGUUUGUCAUUUGGUUGAUUAUCUGUAAUGGAAUUUCUUGUGUCCGCUGAGAGUUUAUCUAUUUGUACAUGGACAUAGACCUUGAAAGAUGGCAAUUGGGGAGAUAAGCAAGGGAGAUAUAUCACCAUUGGAUCAAGUGUCAGUGCUGUUAACGUGGAGAAAGUGUUUCUGAAGGCCUUGACUGAGUUCACACUUCUGAAAAGGUUACAGCAGAAUCAAAAAGUUGUACGUAUAUGCAUACGAAUUGUUAAUAGGUAUGAGAAUUCUUGAUAUACUUGCGGAUUUCUGCUGCUUAAUAGUUACUUCUGCUGCGAUAUCUGUUUUGGGCUGGUAAUAGAUAAUGAUAUUUCACUUGUUAAGAUGUACCUGCCUUGCUAUUACCUCACCUCAAUUGAGUGUGGAAGGAUAUGAUAAAAGUGAUUUUAUGUUUUCCUG